AUGGUGGUGGGCAAAGACCUUGCCAUGAUGAGCCCAUACAUACAAAGGGAGGUGGUGCAGAAUGGCUACGGCCUGCCCGGCAACCCGCCCGUCACGCUGCCCAAGCAGGUCAGCGCCGCCGCCUGGGAGAUGGUGGAGGAGUACUGCGCUUUCCACGCCGUGCCGGGCCGCUCCGACAAGGAGCGGCGCCUGUUUGACGACCGCUUCAUCCGCCGCGACUCGGGACAGCUGUGCGACCUCACGUCUGCGGCUGACUGCCUGGAGAUGCGGGGGCUGGUAGACCUGGCCUCCCGCGCCAUUGCGCGCCUGAUUGAGGGCAAGAGCGCGGAGCAGAUCAGGGAGGCCUUCCGCCUGCCCGACGACCUUAGUGAAGAGGAGAAGCUGGAGCCGAUAGCGGCGCUGGCGGGAGGCGCGCCCGACCCACGUGUGCGGAUGCUCAACCGCCUGUAUGCCAAGCGGCGCAAGGAGCUGCAGCAGCGGCGGCAG